UGGUGGACCUGGCGACAACAGCGUGCUCAAAACUCCGUCCCAAACAUUUUGAAAAAUACUUACUAUCUCAACCUGGUAUUAGAUAUAGAUUACCUGGGGACAAUCAUAGAUAAUAUACUGUGAAAACUAUUGAGGCUAGUCACUUUUUUCGCCACCGGACAAGAUUUAUUCCCAGACUUGAAGAAGGCGGAGUUGUGGUUGGCGUUUUUAGAGGACGCUAACCAGCGUUAGCCAAAGUGUCAACAAAAGUGUGAAAGAGGCUGGAAAUUGGGGAAGCUUUUUACGUAGCCGUCGAGACAAACCACGGACAGCAUCCAGCCGUCUGCUGCUACUGCUGCCUUCAGCUGUCAGCCUGUGAGGAGCUGACAGUCGACUUAAAGCAGGCUAACUGUAGCUAGCUUACCUACAGCUAGCUUUGUUGUGAAGUAGCUGAUCAAAGCGCUGCUCGAGAUGCCGCGGAGUAAAAAAGGGAAACGUGGCUCCAGUAAAACGGGAUCUCUUCGUCAGGAGGUUCUUCAGCUGCAGUUGUCGGCUAAAGGCUCGCUGAAAGGUGUUAAAAAUGGGGUGAAGGGAGAAUCGGGUGCCAGUGAUGAUGAGCUGAUGUCUGAUAUUCUCAGCCACUAUAGCAGUGCCAGUGAAGGCACCUCUGUGCAGGACGAGGGCACAGGUGGUGAGCAGGUGGAUGAGCAGACUGCCCAAGAGGAAACAGAAGACAAACUCAAACAGUGCAUAGACAACCUGAUGGAUAAGAGUGCAAAGACUCGUCUCGCAGCCCUUGAGUCAUUGCGGCAGGUCUUUUCCUCCAGAGUUCUCUAUGACUUCCUCGUAGAGAGACGCCUCACUGUCAGUGAUUGCCUGGAAAGGAGCCUGAAAAAAGGCAGCGGGGAAGAGCAAGCAGCGGCAGCCACAGUCUUCGCCCUGCUCUGUAUCCAGCUCGGUGGCGGCGACGAGGCGGAGGAGGGCUUCAAGAUGCUUCGCCCCAUCCUCACCACCAUCCUGAUCGACAACACUGCCAGCAUAGCAGCCCGCCAGAGUUGUGCCAGAGCUUUGGGGAUGUGCUGUUACGUCUCUUCUGCAGAGGACGGAGAGGACUUGAUCAAGUCGCUGGCCCUCCUGGAGAGUGUUUUCAUGACUUCCUACCCUAACAGAGAGGGGACACUGCCCACACCCAAACCUGGCAAUGCAGGUCUCCACGGUGCUGCCCUGCAGGCCUGGUCGCUGCUGGUUACCAUCUGUCCUGCAUCUAAACUGUCUAUGCUGCUUGACCUUCACCUCCCCAAACUGCAAGCGUGUCUGCAAAGCAGUGACGUCAACUACAGGAUUGCAGUGGGAGAAACCAUCGCCCUGCUGGUGGAGCUAGGACGAGAUAUAUCCGAGGAGUUUGAAGUGGAGGACAGUGAAAGUCUGUGUGAGUGUCUGAAGAGUUUAGCCACAGACAGCAACAAACACAGAGCCAAGAAUGACAGGAGGAAACAACGCUCUAUCUUCAGAGAGGUGCUACAUUAUAUAGAGAAUGAGGACUUCACAGUGGAGAAGAUCAGCUUCGGAGUGGAGGGCAUUUACAUUGACAGCUGGAUGAGGAGAAGAAUCUACGAUGCAUUCAAAGAGAUCCAGGAGUCUGGAGUCAGACACCAUCUACAGUUCAAUCCACUACUGAGAGACAUCUUUGGCCUUGGCCCUCCUCUCAUCCUGGACACUACUGUCAAAAGCCAAAAGAUCUCACGAUUUGAGAAGCACCUUUUCAACUCUGCUGCCUUCAAGGCCAGGACUAAACAGAGGAACAAAGUCAGGGACAAACGGGCUGACGUCAUGUAAGAGGAGCAGAAGACUGGGAUGAGACAAAAUGAUGCCUUCCACUCCUCAGCUGUCAUACACACAAAAGGACUCAACAAAAAAUCUUAACAGGGCUUUUUCACUUGUGCUCUUUACCUGCAAAUGAAUUCCCCAGAUUCACAAUAGUGAAUAUUUAUACUUAGCUCUCAUAGGAAAAGCAAGUUUUUACCACCUAUUUUUUUGCAGAGGAACAGUUUUUAUGUUCCCAGAAAGCAUUUGCUGUCACUCAUUUUUGACACAAAAUUUAGUGAAUUGCAACAAUCCACUGUGUUGAGUGUUGACAGUAUUUUCAAAGUACCAGGUGGAUUAUAAACUGUAAGACAAUGCUGAACAUGUUUUAUGUGGGAUUGAAACCACUUAAUUACACAGUAGAGAUGAAAUGCGACCUCCUGGAAACCAGAACGGUCUUUUUAAAAAAAAUAAAUUUUAUCAAUAAAAAUACAGAAAAAGCAAAGUAUUUAAAUCUCACUGUAAGAAUCAAAGACUUUGUAGCUUUAUGAUACAUUUCAGAUCUGUGGAAGCCUUCCGUGUUAAGCGUUAUUGAAUCGGUGCUGAUGAGUGUCGUAAAGAUUCCUCGUUAUUUCCUGAGUGGUCCUCUGUUUUUCCACCCAGAGGCCACUUCAGCUGCCAAAAACCACAAACUGACUUUACACAACAAUGCAACCUAAACCAAGAUGUGUGUGUGGUGUUUGCGUGAGAAGUGUGUUUUAUUUUAAUAUUAUUUAACAUCAUGAAAUAAAACACUUAUAACACAUAAACAAGAAGAUGCCUAAUUAAAAAUAAAUAAAUAAAUAAAUGAAAGUUAAUGUCAUCUUUUUGUAUUUGAUUAUUUUUUUGAGAGGGAAAAAUGCAUUUUAAACAUUUUCUGGUUUCUAAUUUAUUCAAAGAGCAGUACUGUGUGAUUUUUAAGAAACUUAAAGAACUGUUUACAGACAAUUAUGGGAUGAAGAUGACAAAAAGAAUUUCUGUGGGUUUUUUGUUUCAUGUAUAUUUUUAAUGCAGGUUGGUGGGUCAUACAAUCUAUCCAUGCGUAUGUAUUGCAGAUAUACUGUACAUAAGGGUUUAUGGUAAGAUGUGUACUUGAAUCAUUAGAUGUAUUAACUGAUUUUUCCUUUGACAAGCAGUUAACACAUACAGGCCACUAACCAGAGCUGCUGAUCUGAAGUUUGGUCGACAAAGUUAGCCUCUAAAACUCACCAUGCUUUUGAUUGUGGCAGCAACGCCACAAUUAAAUGUUUAUUAUAUGUUUCAGUAACGUACUGAAAACAUAUCAACAGCCUGACCAAACUGUCUUAUCAGUAGUUUUGGUGUUAUAACACAUCGACAGAAGAUGGAUCAAAUGAAAUAAAGAGAGUAUUUGAG